AUGGAAGACAUAAAGAUUUGUAAUAUUUCAACUUUUGUUAGAAUAUAUGUUUGGAACUCUUCUUUGAAUGGAGGUGAUGGUGUUGGACACGUUGCAUUAGAGACUAACAAUAUCUAUGCUAGUCUAUGGCCUGGUGAUGCUGUGCCAGAGACAAAGAGAGAGCAGCUGCUCAAGGUUAGAGCUCCUCAUUUAAUGAGAGACUAUAAUGAUGAUAGACUGGCAGAGGCUACAAGUGAUGGUUCACCUAGGAAUGCAGAGGUUGUAGUUACACUAUACAGUUUAGAUGCCUCGAAACUAGAGCACCGAUUCGAACACUACAAAAAGACAUUGAAAGGUUGGACAUUGGCGGCAGGUACAUUCUUUCGCAACGAUGAGAAGGCAGAGAGCUGUGCAAGUCUUGCAUUUAGAUUGCUAGAGUCAGCCGGUUUACGUGAUCUCGUAAAUGAAGUACAUCAUUCAUCAAUAACGGCAUCAUCGGCUGUCACACCAGAUCUCAUAGCAAGAUUAGUAGUACUCGCAAAGAAAGCAGAACUAUCAAAGUUCCCAGAAACCAGAGAUUUUAAACAUAUAAAUGACACAUUUAUCAAUCAAUCAACUGCGAAUGUUAAAUCAAAUUGUAUUAUUAUACCAACAAAUAAUAAAUAA